AUGCCGGUUUUCGAUCUAGGCCGUCUAGGUCGCUUCCAGAUAUCCUAUCUUCCGCCAUCAGACAUACCGCAAGGAGAGCACCAAGACGUCCCAUCAGUCCCGCCACCUGAGUACACGGACAUCGCUGAAAGCGAGAUCAAGUACACCUCUCCAUCGCAAGCACAACCACCAGAAUGCAAGACCGAACAGAUCCGUCGCUUUCUCAUCGAAAUCGUUGCAAUAACCUUCAACGCGGACUUCGACUCGCUAAACGCAGCCUUGUACAACAUCCCCGUACCAGACAACACAAACACCAUACUCUGCGACUCUGAGCGCGCAGACCUGGUAGCUCAAUCCGAUCUUGUACGCAAGGUUAUGUUCUGCAUGAGGUCGCUUUUCCAUAUUAUCAAGGACAUUGCUCCGAACGACAAGGUGCACGACGUGCUAAUGGAAGCAUGGGACACUUGUCGGCGACGCGGUGGGUGGGAGAUGAAGACGUUGCUGGGCGACUCAAAGAUGUGUUGGCCCUUGAGGAAGGGGUACCAUCAUAUGGGGGAUGCGUUGAGGGAUAUGCCGCUAUUGGGGCCUUGGGUUGUCGUUGGGGAGUCGAACGAAGCACACUGGAUUAGCUCUGCUACUUCCAAGUACUCCAUAUCACCCUUCGUUCGCACCAUGGGAGCAGUCUCUGCGAACGGCAUGUAA